AUGGAGCCUGGCGCCGGUCCACACCCGCUGCGUCCCCUCGCCUGCCUGGUGCCCCUCUGCCUGGCGGUGCUUUGGGGACCCGGGCGACCUGGGACCGCCGAAGAAGUUGUCCUCCUGGAUUCCAAAGCCUCCCAGGCUGAGCUGGGCUGGACUGCACUGCCAAGUAAUGGGUGGGAGGAGAUCAGCGGGGUGGACGAACACGACCGUCCCAUCCGCACAUACCAAGUGUGCAACGUGCUGGAGCCCAACCAGGACAACUGGCUGCAGACGGGCUGGAUCAGCCGCGGCCGCGGGCAGCGCAUCUUCGUGGAGAUGCAGUUCACACUGCGUGACUGCAGUAGCAUCCCCGGAGCCGCAGGCACCUGCAAGGAGACCUUCAACGUCUACUACCUGGAAACCGAGGCCGACCUGGGUCGGGGGCGACCCCGCCUCGGGGGCAAUCGGCCUCGAAAGAUUGACACCAUAGCCGCGGAUGAGAGCUUCACGCAGGGUGACCUGGGUGAGCGCAAGAUGAAGCUGAACACCGAGGUGCGUGAGAUCGGCCCGCUCAGCCGGCGGGGCUUCCACCUGGCCUUCCAGGACGUGGGCGCGUGCGUGGCUCUGGUCUCGGUGCGCGUCUACUACAAGCAGUGCCGCGCCACGGUGCGGGGCCUGGCGGCCUUCCCCGCCACGGCGGCUGAGAGCGCCUUCUCCACGCUGGUGGAAGUGGCCGGAACGUGCGUGGCGCACUCGGAAGGGGAGUCUGGCAGCCCCCCGCGCAUGCACUGCGGUGCCGACGGCGAGUGGCUGGUGCCCGUGGGCCGCUGCAGCUGCAGCGCAGGAUUCCAGGAACGUGGUGACAUCUGCGAAGCCUGCCCCCCAGGGUUUUACAAGGUGUCCCCACGGAGGCCUCUCUGCUCACCGUGCCCGGAGCACAGCCGCGCCCUGGAAAACGCCUCCACCUUCUGCGUGUGCCACGACAGCUACGCGCGCUCGCCCACCGACCCGCCCUCGGCCUCCUGCACCCGGCCGCCGUCGGCGCCGCGGGACCUGCAGUACAGCCUGAGCCGCUCGCCGCUGGCGCUGCGGCUGCGCUGGCUGCCGCCGGCCGACUCGGGCGGCCGCUCCGACGUCACCUACUCGCUGCUGUGCCUGCGCUGCGGCCGCGAGGGCCCGGCCGGCGCCUGCGAGCCGUGCGGGCCGCGCGUGGCCUUCGUGCCGCGCCAGGCCGGGCUGCGGGAGCGCGCCGCCACGCUGCUACACCUGCGGCCCGGAGCGCGCUACACCGUGCGCGUCACCGCGCUCAACGGCGUCUCGGGCCCCGCGGCCGCCGCGGGAGCCACCUACGCACAGGUCACCGUCUCCACCGGGCCCGGGGCGCCCUGGGAGGAGGAUGAGAUCCGCAGGGACCGAGUGGAACCCCAGAGUGUGUCCCUGUCCUGGCGGGAGCCGGUCCCUGCUGGAACCCCUGGGGCUAAUGGCACCGAGUAUGAGAUCCGGUACUAUGAGAAGGGUCGGAGUGAACAGACUUACUCCAUGGUGAAGACAGGGGCACCAGCCGUCACCGUCACCAACCUGAAGCCUGCCACCCGCUACGUCUUCCAGAUCCGGACAGCUUCCACAGGGCCCUCCUGGGAGGGCCAGAGCUUCAGCCCCAGCAUUGAAGUGCAGACCCCUGGGGAAGCUGCCUCAGGGUCAAGGGACCAGAGCCCUGCGGUCGUCGUCACUGUGGUAACCAUCUCAGCCCUCCUUGUCCUGGGCUCCGUGAUGAGCGUGCUGGCCAUUUGGAGGAGGCCCUGCAGCUAUGGCAAAGGAGGCGGGGAUGCCCACGAUGAAGAGGAGCUGUACUUCCACUUCAAAGUCCCCACCCGUCGCACGUUCCUGGAUCCCCAGAACUGUGGAGACCCACUGCAGGCUGUGCAUCUCUUCGCCAAGGAGCUGGAUAUGAAAAGUGUCACACUGGAGAGGAGCCUGGGAGCAGGGCACUUUGGGGACCUGUGCUGUGGCUGUCUGCAGCUGCCGGGCCGCCAGGAGUUGCCGGUGGCUGUGCAUACGCUGAGGGAUAGCUGCUCUGACUCUCAAAGGCUCAGCUUCCUGGCAGAGGCCCUCACGCUGGGCCAGUUUGACCACAGCCACAUCGUGCGGCUGGAAGGCGUGGUCACUCGAGGAAACCCUUUGAUGAUUGUCACAGAGUAUAUGAGCCAUGGCGCCCUGGACGGCUUCCUCAGGCAUCAUGAGGGCCAGCUGGUGGCUGGGCAGCUGAUGGGGUUGCUGCCUGGGCUGGCGUCAGCCAUGAAGUAUCUGUCGGAGAUGGGCUAUGUUCACCGGGGCCUGGCGGCCCGCCGCGUGCUGGUUGGCAGUGGCCUCGUCUGUAAGAUCUCUGGCUUUGGGAGGGGUCCCCGGGACCGAGCAGAGGCUGUCUACACCACCAUGAGUGGCCGGAGUCCAGCCCUCUGGGCCGCCCCUGAAACACUCCAGUUUGGCCACUUCAGCUCUGCCAGUGACGUGUGGAGCUUCGGUGUUGUCAUGUGGGAGGUGAUGGCCUUUGGGGAGCGGCCCUACUGGGACAUGUCUGGCCAAGACGUGAUCAAGGCUGUGGAGGAUGGCUUCCGGCUGCCACCCCCCAGGAACUGCCCCUCCCCUUUGCACCGACUGAUGCUUGACUGCUGGCAGAAAGACCCAGGUGAGCGGCCUAGAUUCUCCCAGAUCCACAGCAUCCUGAGCAAGAUGGGGCAAGACCCAGAACCCUCGAAAGGUGUCACGACCACCUCUCCCAGGCCUCCCACCCCUCUGGCAGACCGUGCCUUCUCCUCCUUCCCUUCCUUUGGCUCUGUGGGCGCCUGGCUAGAGGCUUUGGACCUGUGCCGCUACAAGGACAGCUUUGCUGCAGCUGGCUAUGGGAGCCUGGAGGCUGUGGCUGAGAUGACUGCCCAGGACCUGGUAAGCCUGGGCAUCUCCUCAGCGGAACAUCGAGAGGCCCUUCUGAGCGGGAUCAGCGCCCUGCGGGCUCGAGUGCUGCAACUGCAGGGCCAGGGGGUGCAGGUGUGAGGCCCCCAACUCUUCCACAGCAGACUUCAACCCUGCCCAACAACCCUGCAGCUGUUCUCCACCUCGGGGGAGGGGAGGGCUUCCUUCCUCCUCUUGGGCUCCUAGCUAGUUUGGGGUCAUGAGGUACCUCAUUUCAUUUUCCCCUCUGAACACCUGGCUAACCUAGUGCCCCUGGAAGAGGUCCAGUCCCUGGAGAGGACCCC